AUGGACUAAUAAAUUGCACUUUAUCUGAAAAUGAUUUCUUAUUAUGAACAGAAAUUAUAAACGAUCAAAUAAACUCUCUAUUCCAAUAAUAUGGACAAUAUAUAUAGAUCUUUUGAGUUACUAUCAAACAAUGAAGAUACUAUCACUAAGAAUACUUUGUUAAACUUUUUUGUUUAGAAUCUUCAUCCUAUCAAUUAUAAAGAUAUUAUUGAAUUUAUCUGGUUUGUAGGUGAUAAAGACAGAUUUACUAUCAGUAAAUAAUAAUUUUAUGUAAUUGUUAAUUUUUAAAAAGGUUAGAAUUACUUAACGAAACUUUUACUUCAUAAAUAAAACACUAUCAUUGAUCAUACAAAUAAAGAUCUUUAAGUAUAGCUUUUAAAACUGCUCAAUUAAUAAAUAAGGGUGAUUAAACAAAUUAAAGAUAACCAAUUCUAAAUAAUUAACAAUGAAGAAUUCAAUAUAUUUAAAGUACUAAACAUAAUUUUAUUUUUAGAUCUUUUAAAACCUUAGUGAUCAAAAUAAUAUAAUAAAUUGCACUAGCCUAUUAAAUUAUAUGAAAAGUACAAAAGUCUAAUUUAACAACUUUGAUUUUGAUUUGCUUACUUUUGCUCUCUUUGGAAAGAAAUGCGACAUUAAUUUCGAUCAAUUUAAAGAAUGUUAGCUGUUUUCCAACCAUAUUACAAAUAAACACUAUAUAAAAUCAAGAGAAAUACCUGAUGAAAAAUUAAUGACUCAUUCUUACAUUAUAUAUCUUAACAAAUCUUUAAUUCAACAAUAAUAAUUGAUGCCUAUUAGUGAAGCAAGUAGUAUAAUUGAAUUCAAAACUUCUGAACUUAAACCUAAAACUAAAUAAUAUUAAGAAUAGACUAACGUACCAAGACCAUAUUGA